AUGGUCAUAGAUGAGUUUCUUUUAAAAGUUUUGGUGCUUGGCAUCAUUAUAUUGGGUCCAUGCUACAGUCACGCAGCAGAAGCUGAUUAUUCAAUCACGAAGCCUGGAUGCCGAAGUUCCUGCGGAAACCUCUCGAUUCCAUAUCCCUUUGGAUCGAGCGAUGGUAAUUCUGGCUGCCACUUCAAUUUCUCAUCCUUUAAUGUUCAUUGUAACUACUCUACCAACCCUCCUACACCUUACAUGGGGAACUUGCAAAUAAGUAACAUUUCCCUUCAAAAUCACGAGAUACGGGUAUCACUUUGGGUCAGUCAAGCCUGUUAUGACUCUUCCGGAUACAAUGAGUAUUUGAGCCAUGGCCAAACGCUCUCCCUAGCUAAAUUCCCCAUAUCGACCACCAAGAACAAGUUCACCGUCGUCGGUUGCGACACGCAGGCCUUCUUCAAAGACGGCGAUGGGAAGUUCACUUUUGGGUGUGUGUCUUUUUGCAACAACAUUACGAACGUGAAUAACGGGUCGUGUUCCGGUAUUGGAUGUUGCGAGACGAGCAUCCCUACAGACUCCUUAAACUACGAAAUCUCCUUUCAGAGCUUUUACAAUCAUAAAUACGUCCUGGAUUUCAAUCCUUGUAGCUAUGCCUUCGUCGCCGAAAUUGGAUCCUACAACUUCUCGGUUGCCGACCUUAACCAGCUUAAAUCUCUAAGGUCCACUGUAGUUCUCGACUGGGCAAUAGGGGAACAAACUUGCAAAGACGCCAAGCAGGACCCCGCCAGCUACUUGUGCGCCCAGAAGAGCUAUUGCACUGAUGCCAAAAACGGCGUCGGGUACAAGUGCACCUGUUUAGAAGGUUACCAAGGCAAUCCUUACCUAGAGAAUGGUUGUCAUGGUGUGAGCAUAAGCUUCCUACUGAUUCUGUUGGGUGUUUCCUGGUUAUAUUUGGGGCUCAAAGAAAGAAAAAUCAGCAGACAGAGAGAGAAAUUCUUCCAAGAAAAUGGGGGCCGCCUCAUGUUGCAGAAACUUCUUUCUGAGCACGAAGGCUCCAUUGAAUCGGCGAGAAUAUUCACCGACGAAGAGCUCAAGAAGGCCACGGACCACUACCAUGAAAGCCGAAUCCUAGGCCAGGGAGGCCAAGGAACAGUGUAUCGAGGGAUCUUAUCAGACAAUACAGUUGUUGCCAUCAAGAAGGCCAAGAUUUUGGACCGAAGUCAGGUCGAAGAAUUCAUCAACGAGCUGAUCAUCCUCUCCCAAAUUAAUCACCGCAAUGUGGUUAAGCUAAUCGGUUGUUGCUUCGAGACGGAGGUCCCGUUAUUAGUCUAUGAGUUCGUGAACCAUGGCACCCUUGCCGACCACAUACACAAGUGCGGCCACGAGUCCACAUUAUGCUGGAGGGCUCGUCUGCGCAUUGCGGGGGAGACUGCUGGUGCGCUCUCAUACUUGCACUCCGAUGCAUCUGAUCAGAUUUUGCACAGAGACAUAAAGAGCACAAACAUAUUGUUGGACGAAAACUACAUGGCAAAGGUUGCUGAUUUCGGAGCCUCUAGGCUAGUCCCCCUUGACCGGACGCAGCUGACCACGCUGGUUCAAGGCACACUUGGGUACUUGGACCCCGAGUACUUCCACUCGAUCCAGUUGACUGAGAAGAGUGAUGUCUACAGCUUUGGGGUUGUGUUGGCUGAGUUGCUGACUGGACUGAGGGCCUUGUCCUUUGAGCGGGCUGAGAAGGAGAGGAACUUGUCCUUGUAUUUUGCUUCUGCAAUAAAGGGUGAGAGGUUGUUUGAAAUCAUCGACCUGAGGGUGCUGAACGAGGGAAACCCAGAAGAGAUUAAGGAAGUUGCGAUGCUGGCGAACCGAUGCCUGAGGGUGAAAGGCGAAGAUCGGCCAACCAUGAAGGAAGUGGCAAUGGAAUUGGAGGGACUGAUGAGGGUGAUGGACAGGCAUCCAUGGGUGAAUCAAAGCUGUGAUCUUGAAGAAGCUGAGCAUUUUCUUGGUAAGAGAUCAAGCAAAUGCGAUGGCAUCCUCAAAAGCAAUGCACCAGGAAAUGAUGAUAGCAUAAGUAACCAAGUGCCCUUCGAAAUUGAAAGUGGAAGAUGA